AGAGACUCAAGGUAUCAUAUCUCAGAGACCCACAAAAAAAAUGACAUAAACGGAGAGCACAGGAAAAAUGGAAGGUUGAAGACAGCGAAGCAAAUGUCGAUCCAAGACCCACCUUCCCACAAAACCAAAAUAAAAAUGUAAUCUUUAUUAAUUUGAUUUUCAAUUCACUAUGCUGAAAAUCCAUUCUUUUAUGUUUUUGUAUUACAGCGAGAAAAGGUAAUGGUCUUCUGGUCUUGGACAUUUUCAUUGGACAUACUAUUGUGUCGUGGGUGCCCACUAGCAGCUUUUUUGUCUUCUCUUUUUUCUUUGAUCUUCUUCAAAAUUUUUGAUUUUGAUUAAUUAAUUUCUCUGACUCUCUCUCUCUCUGUUAGUAGUGUGAUUUUGGAUAUUAUAUAAGUAUUUUGAAGCAUUUGUUUUUUCUUCUUUCCCUUUCCACCCUCAACAGUAAUGAUUUUCUCGUUACGGGUAUCAUCCUUGUUGUUGAGGAAUCUGAGGAGUUGUCCUAAAAAGAGAGAGUUAUUAUUAUCAUUAUUAUACCCUUUGAAAAACAAAACAGGGUUAUAGAAGAAGAAGAAGAGGAAGAAGAAGAAGAAGAAGAAUCACAGCUCUGCACGAGUGUGUUUCUUUUCAUUCUGAUGUGAUAUCCUUAAUCUGCAUAACAAAAAUAAAACAACCCAGAAAAAGUUUCUUUCAUUCUUAUUCUCUCUGUUUUUGGGGUUCUGGGUUUUCUUUGCUUUGUUGGGACACCCUUGUGUUUGUGUUUGUGUUAUGUCUCAAGCAAGGCAAUUUCAGAUGGUGGGGGGUAACAAUAAUAUUCCAGGCCAUCAAUACAAUGACACAACUUUCACCAAAAUCUUUGUUGGGGGUUUGGCUUGGGAGACUCAGAGGGAGACUAUGAGGAGGUACUUUGAGCAGUUUGGAGAGAUCUUGGAGGCUGUUGUUAUUACAGAUAAAAACACUGGAAGAUCCAAAGGCUAUGGAUUUGUCACAUUUAAGGAUCCAGAGGCAGCCAUGAGGGCUUGUCAGAACCCAUCUCCUGUUAUUGAUGGAAGAAGAGCAAACUGCAAUCUUGCUUCUAUUGGUGCUCAGAAAACUCGUCCACCCACUCCUCAACAUGGUUUUGGAAGGUUUAGACCAGCACCUGGUUUGGUAGCUCCACCUGCUUUUCAUGGCUCUUCAUCCACAUACUUCCAUCAACCCAGUGGUCAAUACACAUUUCCUUAUUCAGCUUAUGGGUACUCUGGAUAUUCACAAGAUUCCAUAUAUCCCAUGAACUAUUAUAGUGUUUAUGGUGGUCAACAAUUCUCACCUUACUACACCACCACAGCUGGGGCAUCAGGGCCAGCUGGCAUGUACCAAAAUUACUACCCAUACUAUGCUGCUGCUCAAUAUGCACAGGCUAGUAGUAACCAAGCACAAGGCUUUGGAGUUCAAUAUCCCCAAAUGGUGCAGUACCCAUAUUUGCCUCAACACUAUGGUUCUUCAGCUGGGAUUCUCUCACUUCCUUCUUCAAUCCCAGUUGCUACUACCACUUCUACCACCACAGGUGUAACAAUAGCCUCUGGGGUAACUGGAGCUUCUGCAACCAAUUCUGAACAGAAUUCUUCGAGUUAAAAGAUAAUUAACCACAUUGGUAAAUGGGUUAUAGUUGAUCAGGUGCAAAAGUUAAGGGAACAUGUUAAUAAGGAAACCACAUCAAAAGGGUGCCUUGCUGCAGAUAUAUAUCAGCAACCAGAAGAAUAGAAGAAAAAGGGUACCAAAGUCUGCAUUUUAGAGAAGCUUGCUUGUGCAACUAACAUCAUCAUCAUCAUCAUUGUCUUCAAUCAUCAUCAUACAUGUUCGGGAUAAUUAGGCGAAAUAGGGAAUCAAGUCUUUUUAGUAGUUGUUAGCAUUCAUUAGGAGAAGAAUUUUAAGGAUCAUAGGACUUAAUCAUUCAUGUAUUGGCUGGCAUGGCAUGGGGGUGGAAGCUAAAUAUUGGCUUUGGAUUCUACCUCAGAUACUAAUUUACCAGAUGAUUGUGUCUAGGAUGCAUAGAGCAUCCAAUGACAUAUACCCUCUUGUUUAUAUUGGAAAAGUGAAGGGAUGAAAAAGAUUGAUUUUAUAUCUUUGAAUCCCAGUUUGGUCAAAGCUAGGAGGAGAGCUUGGCCAUUUUAACUUGUAAUUUUUUUUUGUUUGGUCCACUAUUCAUGAUUGAUACUUUUUGAGAUCACAGGAUUAGUUGGAAAAAUAGAAGAUUUGUCUCUCUUAUUUCUCUGUUGGUAGAUGCUUUUACUGUCACUGGGCAAUGUUUAGUCAGUCUGAUUCAAAUUCUUUUGCAUAACCAAUCUCUUUCGAGCUUUGAAGAAUGUGUUUGGCAUCCAAGGGUAUCUCACAAAAGUUGUCAUGCUGGUUUUUCAGAAUCUGCUUGUUUUUAACUUUUAAAGGUGCAAAUUGAAAUUCAGGUACACUAGGGAGGAAAAUGAAAAGACAAGAGUUAGUAACCUUCUAUAGCACAUUAGCACCAUCCAGAUUAUAUUUAAAAUUGAAAUUAAGGACGGAGUUUGAGAGGGAAUUUGGGUGUUCAAGAAAACUAGAGCGCUUUCCUAAAUUCUAAAUAGUAGAAAACAAACAAGAAUAACAAGCACAAGGGCUUGUACACUAGUGAUGCCAACAAAUUGUUCAUGUUUUAACCAAGAAACUUCGUGUUAAAAAAAGAAGAAGAGAUAAAAACAGUUUUGGGGUGGCAGCGGGCCUGGGUCUGGGAUGGAAGUGGUUGUGGGCUCGGAGCUUGGGCCCAUUGGCUCUGACGUUGCAGGUGAUGGACUGGUGGGGCCUGAUGGGUUAGUGACUGGUGGGCCUGCAUCUUCUAUUGCUUUUGAACCUGAUGUUGCAGGAAGCACAGCAUUUGGGCGUGCGGAAAUGGUGCCAAGGUGAGUGGAGCUUGCAAAAGGGGCUAAAGCCUAGCUUGGUGGUGAUAUCUCGUGAAUUUCAUCUUGAUGAACUUGUCAAGGUCCCGGUUACUAUUGGGAAGAUCCCAAAGAAGAAGGGUCGCCCUAGGAGUCGCAGUAACAAGCCCAAGGAUCAUGAUGGAGAACUUUCCAGCAGGAAGACCAACUUGAGGCUGAGGUUGUUGGAUGUUCAAGACUCUGAGGUAGGUACUAGCUCCGACCCUAAGAGGAAGGAGAAAGUACUUGUUUCGGGUUCAACAAAACAAGACAUUCUAGACUCAAGCCUUUGCAGAAGGGGUAAUUUCUAUAUGUUUUUCUAAGACUUUUCUAGUUGAUAUUUGUACCACAAUUGUGUGCCUGACAGAUUAGAUUAGAUAAAUAUUUUUUUCUUAGAGGGUGAGAUUAUUCUUAUGUAGUUUUAGGCUUGUUGUUCAGCGAGCGUCUCUUUAGAUUUUAAUGAGUUUA